AUGCGCUUUGCGGAGCUGGCGCAGGCGAACGUGCGCCCCGACGUCAUCUUGCUGGGUGACGGCCUCACGGUGCACGAGGCAGGCCUUGCCAAGCUGGACACGCAGGUGAACUACACACCAACGCCUACGUCGACGGUGUGUCCCGAGGAGGAGCUCCUGGACCUGGAGGAAGCCGAGGAAGGCGAGGAAGGCGAGGAAGGCGAAGGCGAGGAGGAAGAGGAAGCGGACCGGCAGGGCACAGCCCCGGUGAUCAGCAGCGCCAGCUUUCUUCGGCGCCAGCGGCUUCAAGAGGAGCGCCGACAGCUGGUGCACGAAUUCCUGGCGAAGCAGGGCUUCCAGGAGGUCAACACGCCCAAGUCGGUCUGCACCGCGUCCUUCUUCAGCAAGGAGACCAUCUACCCCAUCCACCGCGCGGCGCAGCUGGGUCACCACCGCAUGGUCCGCGAGCUGCUGCGGCUGGGUGCCGACCCCGAAGUACGAACAUCCCGCGGGAGGACAGCGUACGACCUCGCUGCCCAAGAGAGCAAGUUCAACUCGCACGGCAUGGUCCUCGAUCUGCUCUCCGGGAAGUGGAACGUCAUGUCCUUGCGUGAUCUGAGAGCCUCGUCCCAACAGGGCCCGCUGAUGCCCGAGAAUUGGAAAAAACAUAUUGGCUUGUAUUAG